CAGGAUGAAGAUAACUCCCUUGCACUGAUCUUAAGAAAUGGAUCGUAGAACAACCACAUGCUUUUCAGCACCCUACGGUCUAUGGAAACAGUGGCUGAUCCAGCUGUUCUUCAUUAGCCAAUUCUGGAGCUUUUUGCAUACUCAGGCAUUUAUUCUAGACGGGUCACCCACCUCCUUUGCCCAGUUUCCCCGAUGGAACGCUGGGCUCAAUGGAACACUUUCUCUAAAAUUUAGAACGAGAGAACCCAAUGGAUUACUCUUAUACACAGACGACGGAGGAACGUAUGAUUUUUUUGAGGUCAAGUUGGUAGAAGGAAACGUGAGGUUAAGGUUUAACCUCGGAGGUGGGACGGCUAUUUUGUCUGCUGGGAAAAAUCUUCAUGACAGUCGGUGGCAUUCUAUGCAAAUUACCAGAAAUGCAGAAGAAACGAUAUUGUCCGUUGAUGCUGACGUACAAAAACGUCUUACUGCCGGUCCUGAUUACAUAUUUGGCAAUACAACCACAAAUAGCGCCGUAUUUAUUGGAGGCCUUCCAUCUUGGUAUGGCUCUAAAUUGUCGUUGCUGGCUCUACCCUCUGCUUUUUUUGAGCCAAGGUUCCAGGGAGCAGUUAAAGAUGUCAUUUUCACCAGCGAUGACGGUGUCCUUAAGCAGCAAGAUCUUCAAGAGUCACAAGGCAUUCGAUCCUCCUCUUCCUCCAACAAUCUGAUGAGCAGCCAAGAUGGGGAAGAAACGGUGACGGUCCACGAUCAUUGUGAACUGAGCAAUCCUUGCUUAAAUGGUGGAUCGUGCAUUUCCACAGAUGGGGGCCCCAUUUGUGACUGCAGGACUACAGAUUACGAAGGAGAUCUCUGCGAACAGAAAAGACCUCCUUCAGAAGCAACCUUCACUGGGGAGGAAUAUCUUCAUUUUGAUGUUCGGGGUAGUGGCGGAGAGCCCCUGGUCAGUUGGAGCGACCAGGUGUCUCUACAAUUCCGCAGCAGACAAUCUGCGGGAUUAUUAUUCUUCGCUGCAGACUUGGGUGCACAUAGUACUGGUAGCGAAGACUUUUUGCACGUCGCCCUCAAAGGAGGUGGUAUAGCUGUUCACACCAAACUCGGAUCUGGUCACGUCGAGAAAGUAGUCCGACCCUCUAAAGUUCGAUUUGAUGACAACCAAUGGCACAAAAUCGUCAUACACAGAAAAGUUCGUGAGAUUACAAGAGCUACGGGCUUUUGCCAUCUGUCUGUGACAGUGGAUGGUGUGUAUACAGAACGUGGUUCCACGGCUGGAUCCUUCUCCAUGCUAUCCAGCAGCGUUAUAUACGUUGGUGGAACAGCACCCACUACUGCAGCGCAACUUCUACCUGCUUCACGGGUGCGGAACAACUUUAUUGGAUGCGUUCGGAAGGUGGAGUUCGUAGCAGAUAGUGUAAAUUUGGAUUUACUUUCCUUAGCCAAGUCUCAGAGUAAGUUGUUGAGAUAUCAUGGUGACGUGCAAUUUUUCUGCCAAGAAAUGGAAGCAGCAGAUCCUAUUACAUUUACCACUAGGGAAUCCUUUUUGGCACUACCCACAUGGGAAGGAAGCAAGACUGGGUCUAUUGCCUUUCGAUUUCGAACCAACGAAGCAACUGGAUUACUAAUGUACAAUGGUGGUCAAGGCGAUGUGUUUGCUUUGGAGCUAUUAGAUGGACAUGUUUAUUUAAUUCUUGGAUUAGGAUCUGGUAUUGCCAAAGUAAAAGCUUCCUCUAAACGGUGCGAUGAUGGCCAAUGGCACACUGUAACGUUAAGACGCACUGGCAAAACUGGAAGGAUAGCUGUUGAUGAAGCCGCUUACGAUUUUACAACUCCAGGCAUAGCAAAUCAAUUAGACUUGGAAGGCCCUCUUUUUGUCGGAUCACUUGCUCCCUCUGACCAAGGUCCAAACGUCCCCAGUGAAAUAUGGACUGCCAAACUGAACUAUGGUUAUGUGGGAUGCUUGCGGCAACUGGUCAUCAAUGGGAAAACGAUAGAUCUGGCAGCGCAAGCGAGGGAACAAGACUCUGGAAGCCUCAGACCAUCUUGUCAUACGUCACCAUCACAGUGUGAUAGUCAACCUUGCCUGAAUGGAGGUCUGUGUUCGGAAGGAUGGAACAGAUAUGUAUGUGACUGUACUAGAACAGGUUUCACUGGACCAGUCUGUGCUAAAGAUGCAAGCACAUUGAGCUUCGAUGGUAGCCAAUAUAUGAAGAUUGAUAUACCGGAAGGAUCCAAGACACAAGCUGAAGAUGUUCAGUUAAGGUUUAGAACUCCCAGACCUGGAGGGCUACUGCUUGCAACAACCACGGAAAAGGCUACUACAUUUCUUGUCCUGGGAUUAGAGAAUGGAAAACUAAAAAUAAUCAUCAAUCUUGGGAGCAAAAAUAAAGUAAUUGACUUGGGUCAGAGUCUGAAUGACGAUACAUGGCACACAGUUCAUAUCCGCAGAAGAGGUCACAAAAUGGAUGUCCAUCUGGAUUCAGAUUCCAAGAGCUAUGAUUUAGGGGAAGUGGAAUCGAUGACUUUGGAGAUCCAGACACUCCAUGUUGGAUCGGUUCACCCAGAACAUGCGAAACCUGUACCAGACAUGCCGAACUUCGUUGGACAUUUGCAACAUCUGAUAUUCAAUAGAAAACAUUAUCUUGACAUGGCCCAUAGUGGACAAAUUUCUCAUUUUAAGGUUACUGCAAAAUUUGGAAAGAAAGAAAAUAUAGUACAUCACCCCGUCACGUUCAAGUCUAAGUUUACGUUCCUCGGCUUGCCACAAUUGAGAGCUUAUUCUACGUUGAAUCUCUAUUUCCAAUUCAAAACCAUGGAACCGAAUGGUCUCAUACUGUACAAUGCGGGUAAAGGACAGGACUUUAUUGCGGUGGAGCUUAUUGAUGGGCACUUGCAUUACGUUUUCAAUUUGGGUGAUGGACCACGUGGAGUGAGAUCAAACACGAAGACAACAUUGAACGAUAAUCAGUGGCAUGCUGUCACCAUUGGAAGACCAUCACUUAACCAGCAUACCCUCAUGGUUGACGACAUGAUUACGAAGGUGAACAGCCCAGGACCAAAUACUCAUCUAGAUCUUCAGGGACUGUUGUACGUUGGUGGCGUUCGAAGAUCAAUGUAUUCCACUCUACCAAGGCUCCUGCAUUCCAGGCAAGGUUUCCAGGGCUGUCUAGCUUCCUUGGACCUAAAUGGAGAAACUGGUGACCUUAUCAGAGACGCGCUCAUACCGUCAACUUUAGUCUCAAAAGGAUGUGCAGGUCCCAUAACAAAGUGCAGCCAUACAGCUUGUGCCAAUCACGGAGUGUGCGUACAAAUGUGGAACAGUUAUGCCUGUGACUGUGACAUGACAUCUUUCUCGGGGCCCAUUUGUAAUGAUGAGAGCAUUUCGUACGAAUUUGGUCCAGGAACGGGACUUAUAACUUUUGCUUUCCCCCCGGACAAAAUGCCUGAUACCAAAGCAGAUCUAGUUGCUCUUGGAUUCAUCACAAUGGCUGAUAAUGGUGUCCUAGUAAGAAUAGAUAGCGGUACUUCUAACGACUACAUGGAGUUGGAGAUAGUAGAUGGAAACAUAUUUAUGGUUUAUAAUAUGGGAACUGAAGACCAUCCUAUUGGGGAACACAGUGUUCAUGUAAAUGAUGGACAGUAUCACGUGGUCCGUUUUACACGCUCAGGGCCGAAUUCGACCAUUCAAGUAGAUGACCAUAAUGUGAGAGUUAAACAACCACCAGGGCGUCAGCUGACAGUCUUCAACAGCCAUUCAACAAUUCAAGUAGGUGGAAAAAAGAAUCCCCUAAGAGGUGGCAUAGAAAGACCUUUCCAAGGUAUCAUAUCAGGUCUAGUGGUCAAUGGUGAUCGAAUACUGGAUAUGGCUGCAGAGGAUGACCCCCGGAUAUCAGUGCAAGGAGAUGUAGAGUUACUAAUGUCCUUACCUCUAAGUCUUCAACAGAGAUCAGUGCCGCAAGACCACCAUCAAAUGCAACAGCAUGCAGGAGCCUCUCCAAAUUAUGAAGGUGAUGAUUUGGUCUACUCAGGAGGUGGUGGUUCUGGCUGCUGGGAUGACGAAGAUGAUUGCGGAGAAGCAGAAUCUACACCAGGUAAAACACGAGAUGAUCUCAUCACUCCAGUGUAUAUACCACCUACUCCAAGACCAUACCCUCGAACUACACCCAGUAUAACAGGGGGUGGUGGAGCAAGCUAUGUUCAUGGUCGAUCUUCCAUUCCUCCACGACACCCUGUGGGAGGAGGUCUGGAAGAUACCACUUGCGAUGACGAAGAAGAUUGCAUCGAGGGAGGUUCCGGACUGGGUGAAGUUAAUUUCACUCCCCAUCAAAAUACACCAGCAACUCCAACGUUUAUUACAACCACCGGGAGUCAUCGGGAUAAUUUAGAGAAUUUCGUCUCACCUCCGAGAAUGCUUCCACCUCCAACUCAUGACGACACCGUACAAAGGAUCAUUAUUACGCCUCCAACCAUUCUUUCAACCACCCUCUAUCGUAGACCUAUACCUGAUGAUGUGGUGAUUACACAUCAACAACGUCCAGCGCCGCCUCCGCCAUUGUAUCCCGUCAUUCCACAGCAGACACCGCGACCUCCAUUCAGAACAUCUUCCAGAGCACCACCGGUUCCAUUCAUUGUACCAGUUCCGAUGGAUCCUGCUAUUGGUCGAGAAAACAACAGGCCCCCUCCAAAAAUCAAGACAUCAUCUGCAGCUGACAACACAGCGAUGGUCAUUGGUAUCAUAGCUGGGGUAUUGAUCGUAGUUGUUAUAGUCGCUCUUGUUGUUUAUCGGGUCAGGAGCUGGACGCUAGCUGCUUCUCCUGGUGCAAAUGGCUAUAAAGUAGAUGAAAGCCAGAAAAGAUACCACUUUCCACCAGCCGGCACUGCGCCCUACCAGUCCCAGCCACCUUCAGCUCAGCACAUGAAUGGAGUUCUGAAGUGUGACCCCACCCAGAACAAAAUGGUUAAACAACCAAAAAAGAAAGAUGUCAAAGACCUCAAAGAAUGGUACGUGUGAGACACAAACAAAAAUAGAAUGUGUCGGUAUAUUUGUCUAGCACGAUAUAAUUCUACUCGUUCCAACCAUUUUUUGGUCUUUUAGGUCUCUGCAUGAUCUUUCAAAAAAUAUAAAUAUGCUUUUCCCAAUGCUGUUUUUGCGUGCCAACGCGGACACAGUUGGCAUCACCAUCGAAUGAUUCAGGUAAACAGUUCCUUGAAGACGAAUUUGAGGUUUUUUUGUGUUUAUAUUUUAUAAUUGUGGCUAGUGUCAGCCACAUGUGAACAUCGAAAAAAGUGGUCAAAAGUUUCGAAUUUGUGUUGGUUAAUUGUAUAAAAUUAAGUACUAAGACAGAUUGAAUACUGUUGCUUAAUGGUGCAAUCUCUGUGUUAGUUUGUUAACAAACAUGCUUGCUUAAAAGCAAAAAUACUGGUAAAAGCAAAUGCAAUAACGUAAUUUCUGUUCGAGGUAGACAAUAUCUAAACUUAUAAACCUCUUUCAAAUGCAGGAAUGCCAAAAUUGGUGCAAUAAGGACACCUACAAUGAGUCUUUUAGCAUUGUUGUAAGUCAAACUCUGCAGAAGACCAAACAUCCGUUGGAACGAGUUUACAAAGACCGCUGUGCCAGCGAGAUACAUGAAAGAAGCCUUUUCUGACAGAAAGCAUCUCUUCUGUGAUUAGAUAGCUGGAGCAGCCAUUUCAAUUAUCAAAGUGUUGCCAAACGUUUCAUCAGAAAUGUUCCACGAGAGAUACUGCAGAGGAUUAUUGAGAGAAUUUAUAACUUCAGCAAUAUGUGUUAACCAAUGGAUUUUGGGGAAUUAGCACCGUUGCAUUUCGCACUCCCAACAAAUAUGAACGAGCAUAUGUCAUGUUCUGAAUAUUAAUAUAUAAGAAAAUAAGAAGUAUUGUACAUUAAUAUAUUUACCAUUUUGAUAACUCUAAUUUCCUUUUGGAAAAUAAGGUGACAAGAAUCGAGUUUAAUUUAGUGCCAUUAACCCUAAUUUCUAAAUUCAUUGUGCAAACUAACUUUCUCAUUAAUUAAUGAAUAAGAAAAACCUUAAUUUUUCAAAAAAUUUUGUAAAAAAAAAUUUAAGAUAUUCAAGCGUUAUUAACCUAAUAAAUUUCACUUUAACAGUCAAAUGUCAUAAUCCUAAUUCCUAAAUUCAUCGUUCAAGCUAAUCUUUCUAAGUGAUAGAAAAGAAAAGCCAUAAUUUCGAAGAAAAAAAUUUUAAGUUUAAAUUAUUUAAAUAACACUAUAUCCGUAUCCAUUGUAUUCAGUCCCUUUGGAACUGGAUGUAAAUAUUCUUAAACAUCGAGACGAGCAAUAUUAGACUUAAGUUGAAUUCUGAAUUAAUUUCGAAUCACCGAAUCAAUUCAUCGGUUUGAAGCAUCAUUUUUACCCUGACGAUAAUCUAUUAAUUCGAUGAUACCAAUCAAUCCGAGACUAGAUCAUAUAAGUGCAUUACUGCAGUGUAAUAUUAAAGACAUAAGUUGGGUUCUGAAUCGGAGAUUCGAAUCAACAAAUUGAUUCGUUUGUUUGAAUCAUCAUUUUUUCAUUUUAAUAAAACCUAUUAACUCGAGGUUUUGAAUCACCGGGUAUAAAAGAAAGAUUCGAUUUAUAAUUCAAAAUAUUGAUUUCAUUGGAUAAUUUCAAGCAUUUUAAAUAAUUUAUUUCGUAUCGCCAUUUUUAUCGAUUUUUUUGCUAAAUUUGAAUCACAUUGCUUAUUCUUUUUUCCCAAUUUACUGUUAAUGUACGGGUAUUGAGAUGAUGUUUCAUUUCACACAGAACUGGCUUAACUUAAAAUAUAAUCUGAUUCGAAGAAAGCGUUAACAAAUCUCAUUAAAGGUGCUGUUAAAAUAAUUCUAUUUUUUAUAGUUCAGACACGAAUACUAGUAUUAUUAAAUUAAGAAUAACUAUGCAGGAAACAACAGCAAAUUUUUAAAAUUUUGCAAUGCCUUAAAAAUGAUCGUAUUUUCAAUUUUGCCUCAAAAACUCCAGAAAUGUAUGUUUAGGCAACAAAAUUAGAGCUAUGGCACUUAAUUGAACAAUCUUUUUUUCUUUCAAGAAUGGCUAAGUUUAGUUUUGAAUAAACUAUUUCCUUUAAAAACAAUGUUUUUAGAGCUAGAAAGCUUAAAAAAUAUAUUUAAAAUACCUCCUCUUUUUAAUUAUUUAAUUCGAAAUUUUACAAAAAUAAACCAAUUUCCAUAUUAUAUCCAUUAUAAUCAUUUAUGGAAAUUAAAGAGAUCUUAACUAUUCUUGAAAUGCAUGUAUAAAGUUUAUAAUUAAUUUAUUAUAACAAAUGCUUUAACAUCUACUGCUUAUUCAAUGACAUUAUUAAUUCAAUUUUUUUCCUUCAAUUUAAAAACAUGAUUGUGUUUCCUAAUUUAUAAAAUAAAUCAUUAAUAUGAUGAUAAAACAGAGCCUUAACUUAAUCAUUAAUAAUCAUAAAUUACAAAAAUGAGGUUCAUAGUUAAAUUUGUAACUGCAUAAUUAUCUAAAUAUAUUAUUAAAAAUAAUUAUUUAAAAUUGUUGAAACCAAAUAAAAACUUAUGACAUUUAAUUAGCUCAUGAAAGUCACAUUACACAUUAACAUUAAUCAACUCGGAAUGAAAAUUUCCCAUGUUCUUAAAUUAAGGGUUUUCUGCAAAAAAGAGGUCGCUUCAUUUUUACACAUUUAUAACUCACUUAAAUAUUUAUUUUACUUGAAACAACAGGAGCUACGGCUGGCAUACGAGAGAUUUAGCACUGUCACCUAGCUUCUCGCAUGUACGCAAAUUUACCUCAACUGAGAUUGUACUAUAGCAAUUGCACAGCGUAGACACUACGUAUGUGAAGAAUCAAAUGGGAAAGAGAUGUUGCACCUUCACAUAUGUAGAUUCUGCGCAGCGCUUGUUACUACGGAACACUUUUGGUUCAUUGCAGAUCAUAAAUACGUGAGCGCGCAAAUUAAUGCUUGAAAGAACUGCAUAUCUCCAUUUCCCCAAUAUUUUCAGUUUAAAAAAUAGAUAUGCAGCGAUAGAUAUAAUAAAGAGUUGGUAUCACCGUUAGGUUAGAGCAGGGAUGGGCAAACUACGCCCUCCCCGGGCCGGGCCAACUGCUGCCAGUCGGAAGGUUUUAUCCGGCCCGCGGAUGGAAUUUUAACUUGCCGAUCUGUGGUGAAUGUAAACAAUAUAUAUUAUACAUCCAUUUUUUGGUCUAAUUUGUUUAAAGUUAUUUUUGUUCUUUCUCUUUUAACAAAGUACUGCUGACAUUUUUGCUUUCUCUAUUUUUGCUCUACGAAACAUAAAAAGAUGGAAAUAGAUAGCACAGACAGCUUUAAUUGGUAAAAUGUUGAAAGUUGAAGUUCUUUAUAGAAUAGCUGUAGAUUGGCUCGCCAACGAACGUUUAUCUUUCUUGAGGAGCAGAUGUACGGAAUAUAAUAUAGGUGAAUUGUAAUUCGAAUAAAAAAUUGCACAAUUUACAUUUUGCACAUUAGCUAUGGAUGAAAAAAUGAAAUCGCAAUUUCAUUCAUCUCAUUAAAUAAUUAAAUUACAACUUUUAUAUCGUUUUUUAUUGUAGAAGUUUUUACUUGGCCCACCUUCGAUUUUUUGCCCUCCGCCAACAAAGUUUGACCAUCCCUGGGUUAGAGCAAGAAAGGGUUCGUCUGUGGAAUUUUAAAACGGCAAAUGAGAAAAAAUUUAAGAAUGAAGCUACCUCCUUUUUGUAGCAAACUUUUCAAUUAAAACACACACAAAAAAAAAGAAAAAAGACAAUUCUAUAGAACUUCUCGAGCAAGCACUACACAUACAUCCACUAUAUGGAUCGCCUUUUAAAUACCGGUUAUGAGCAAUAUGAAAUUCGAAAGUUAAAUAGAAACAAGCUGUGCUUUUACAAUUACUUUUCAACAACAAAAAAAAGGGUUUUAUUUAGAAUAUCUAUAUAUUUAAUAAUAAAUCGAAUUAGUGUCAUUUAAAGCGAUGGAUGUACUUAAUUCAGAAGAUCAAAAAAUUAAAAUAAAUUAUGAAAAAGGAGCUCUUGCCUUAUAUCAACUUCCACAGCUUUAAAAUACACAAUUUUAAAUUAAGAUUCGUUAGCCAUUACAAUCCUAUGUAAUCUUAACAAUAAUAGCCUUAUCCAAUGUGCCCUAGUGGUCUACCCUUCUACUUUUUGGGUUCAGAAUUAGCUUACAGCACAGUUUGAUCAGCUUGUCUAGAGUGAGUAAUAUCAUUUGGCCCAGUAUGUCUUAUAGAGUUUAGUGGUUUUUGCACCAUUAAACUCAACAUUCAAUCCAAAUCCUGAAAAGCGAAACAUAUUCAAUACAACUUUAAAAUUCAUAUAUGAAGUGCUUACCAAACAAAUAUCUAUUUCCUUUUCCAUGAAUAAAAAGUGUUCCAUUUCAGUGCUCUUAAAUUAAGACAUUACUUAAUGUUCAGAUUAAUGUUUAAUUGAUGAGGGGAAACGAUAUCAAAAUCAAUGUUUUGAUUAAAAUUAUCAAUUACCAGCAAUAAAACUGAGAAAUGCAUAUUGAACUUUCGCCUUACACUGUUUUUAAGAUUCUCUUAAUAAACUAAUUAUUACAUUUCAUUACUUUGAGAUUCACGUGAUAGGGAGAAUUGGAAUAUAUUAUACAUAAAAUAUAGUUGUUAAAAAAGAUUGGUACUGAAAAUAUUUCAUUUUUGCCUUUUUUGAUGACAGAAUAAAUUAUCCAGUUUUUAUAAACAAUUAAAACUUAUACAACAUUUUGUAAACUUUAACAAAUAAAUCAUGGUGAAAUAUCUCAUAGAAACUCGACUUAAAAGAAUAACAGAUUCAUAAAUAAAACACUUUGGAAAAAUAACAGGAGCUCCCAGAUACAACGAAAUUAUAAAUAUUCAUUUGAUUUAUUCCAGCACCAUUUUUCAAAAAUUAAUAAUCAAUUAACGAAUUAAUAAUCAAUAAAUAUUUGAGUUUGGAAAUAAUACGGAAGAAAAACCUUCACGAUCAAAAAGCACCUUCUUUCGCUGUGACGCCAUUCUUUUCAAUUAAAAAAAAAAUUUUAAAGUACCCUUAGCUUUUACAACAACAAAUAAAUACAUAUGUUUAAGAUACUAAUAAAUAGUGGAAGUCACGGGUUGUUUAUUUUUCUUUCUUUAAAAAGGUAGAAAUACGAUGUUUUUAUUACCAGUACUUUAUAUUUUGCAAAAAUUAACAGACAUAUUGUGUGAUUGUGUCACUAAAUGCAUUCAUGCUUCUUUAUCUCUCAGGGUUCAAACGGUCUUUAAAAAGUUGCAUAGGUGCCAACUUGUACGGCUAUUGAGAAAUUUUUUUUGUAAUGGGAAUAAUAUUUGCAUUUUAGUGCAAAAAAAAAACCUUAAUUUUAAAAAAUAAAUCUUAAAUUGUUUUAACUACCAUGACAAAUCAAUAAUUCACACCUAUGUAUAUAAGAUAUAUUAGACAAUUAAUCUUAUGGUGAAAUGGCUUCGAGAUUAUUAAAGUAUUAUUUUAUUAUUGUAAUAUAAUUAUAAAUUAUUAAAGUAUUAUUUUAUUAUUGU